ACCAAAUAGCACCCUAAAAUCAAUAUCAAUCCUAAUCUUUAACAAAUAACUCGGCAUUAAUAUUCAAGAUAACUUUAAGGGUUAAUACCCUAGUUUGGCCCGAAGUUUAGCGUAAGUGAUAGUUCUGGUCUCAUUUUUCAAAUAAGACAUUUAUGGCCUAUUUUUGAAAUUAUUGUACAAAUUUGACCCAAAACUUGUGUUGACGAUUAAUAUUAACGGUCAAACAUAUAUUCCGUCAAUACCUCAACAUCCACGUAACUUAUUAAUUAAAAAUUAAAAAUUAAAACAUUAAAUAAGAAAUAAGAAAUUCAGAAGACUUCUCCUUCCUCCUUUUAUUCCAUAAAAGAAGAGCCUAACUCAUAUAUCAUCUCACGCGCUAGCUCAAAUGGAGGGCUACAGUUUUAACAUGGCGGGAAGGCGGCAAAGAGAAGAUAUCAAAUUAGAAUUUCCGAAACCAAAAGUUUCAGUCUAGGCGGGACGUUUGCUCCCACCCACCGCUUCCCCCCUUCAAUUUUCCCGCGCUCCGAAAUGCCAAUUUUUUUACCUCGCCCUUCCCCUAUUCUACACCCACACAGUCAGCCAAUUAUUUCCCUCUCCCGUCUGAUCCACCGGAUUAGCUUUCUCUUCCUUUCUGCUCCCAUGGACCGUCGAUCGACCACCACCGCCAAGCGAAUCUUGAAGCGGAAGUUGGAGCAAGAGUUCGCCCAAGAGGAUGGAAGAAACCGCAAGGUUAUGGUGUCUGAAUCCGACGUUGCCGUCCCGCAGCAGGAUAAGAGGAGCGAGAUCGAAUCCCAAGUCCGCCUUCUUAACUCCACUUUCUCUUCCAGCGAAUCCGAUCGCGCCGCCUCCAGGACCGCCGCUCAGUUUCUCUCCCAGCUCGCCAAGAACGCGGAUUUCGUUGAGACGAUUGUGGAUUGCGGUGCCGUGUCUGCGCUGGUUAUGCAACUUCAGACGCCACCUGAUGUGAGUGGAGAUGGUGCUUUCGAUCCAGUCCAGCUCGAGGUGGAGAAGGCCUGCUCGUUUGCUCUUGCCCUUAUUGCAAUACAGCCUCAGUAUCAACAAGUCAUCGUGGAUGCUGGAGCCUUGCCACUCCUUAUCGCUCUUCUUAAGAGGCACAAGAGUCAUCUCAACUCUGGAAUUGUUCCUCUGGUUAUUAGGAAAGCAACUGAUGCCAUCACAAACCUGGCACACGAGAACAGUAACAUCAAAACAUUAGUCAGGAUUGAAGGCGGCAUUCCACCUCUCGUCGAAUUGCUUGAUUCUGUUGAGCCAAAAGUACAAAGAGCAGCUGCUGGGGCCUUGCGGACUUUGGCGUUCAGAAAUGAUGGCAAUAAAGACGAGAUUGUGAAACUCCAUGGCUUAGAUACUCUUGUAUUGAUGCUUGAAUCAGAGGAUACAAAAGUACAUUUUGAAGCAGUUGGGGCGAUAGGAAAUCUUGUCCAUUCAUCUCCACAUAUUAAGCAAAAGGUUCUCCAUGCUGGAGCUUUACAACCAGUUAUUAAUUUGCUGAGCUCGGCUUGUUCAGAGAGCCAAAGAGAAGCAGCCUUGUUAAUAGGUCAAUUUGCUACGGCUGAUUCUGAUUGCAAGGUGCACAUUGUUCAGAGAGGAGCUAUUUCACCUUUGAUUGAUAUGCUCGAGGCUUCAGAUGUGCAGCUUAAGGAAAUGUCAGCAUUUGCGUUAGGGAGGUUGGCACAGGAAACACACAACCAAGUUGGUAUUGUAUAUCAUGGUGGCAUAGAACCACUCUUGAAGCUUCUUGAAGCUAAGAACGGGUCUCUGCAGCAUAAUGCUGCAUUUACUCUAUUUGGCCUUGCCAAUAAUGAGGAUAAUAUUGUUGACCUUAUCAAGGUUGGAGCAGUUCAAAAACUCCAAGAUGGGGAUUUCAUGUCUGAACAGACGAGGGAAUGUGUUUCGAAAACAUUGAAAAGAAUAGAAGAGAAUAUUGAUGGUCGAGUACUGAAGCGCCUUUUAUAUUCGAUGCGAGUUGUAGAGAGACCUGUGCAGAGACAAAUCGCUAUGGCUCUUGCACAUCUUUGUGCUCCUGCUGAUCGAAAAGCCAUUUUUCUUGAUAACAAUGGGUUAGAUUUUCUGUUGGGACUUCUCGACUCAGGAAACCUAAAGCAUCAAAAUCAGGGUGCAGCUGCUUUGUACAAGUUGGCUACCAAAGCUCCUACAAUCCUUCCCGUGGAUACGGCUCCAUCAGCCACCCCACAAGUAUAUUUGGGCGAAAAAUUUGUCAACAGUCCAACACUAUCUGAUAUUACCUUCUUAGUUGAGGGCAAACGAUUCUAUGCUCACAAAAUAUGUCUACUUGCCUCAUCGGAUACUUUCCGUGCAAUGUUUGAUGGGGGUUACAAGGAGGGGCAAGCUAAAGAUGUUGUGAUCCCAAACAUUACAUGGGAUGUUUUCGAUCUAAUGAUGAGGUUCAUAUACACUGGGUCAGUUGAAGUCAAUAUAGAUGUUGCUCAUGAACUCCUGAAAGCUGCUGAUCAGUAUCUCCUGGACGGUCUAAAGCGCCUCUGCGAGUAUGCAAUUGCUCAGGACACCUCUGUAGACAACAUCACUCACAUGUACGAGUUGUCGGAAAACUUUAACGCCAUGACCUUGAGAGAAGCGUGCAUACUGUACAUAUUUCAGCACUUUGAAGAACUAAGCACCAAGCCAUGGCGUUCUCAUCUGAUAAAGCGAAUUCUGCCCGACAUCCGGGAUUACUUUGCCAGAGCACUUGCCGUUGAUAAACCCUCUCCAAGCUUUGAUGCGAGGCAGAUGGUAGAUUAGGGUUUUGAGCUCUGCAACUAUUAGGAUAAGCAGUAGCAGUAGGGUCAGCCAUGGUGCCUAGGGCCCAUACCAGAUAGUUAGAUUCAGUUGUCCAGUGUAAAGGCUGCCCUAGUGGCAUGCUAGAGUGAGCUAUGCCCACUAUUGUGUUCAUUUGUAAAUGAAGUUUUUUCAGCGAUAGCAUUUGAUUGCUUUGAUUUUUGAUGACGGGCCAGUCUCUUAAUUACACUACUGGAUGUAUUCCUUCAUCUUGCGUCCCCCCGUUCCUUGCUACUGUCUACUCGUGUUUGCGUUGUUUAUUAGAACCGUAUUCUGGACUGGAAUUGUAUGUUGCAAAGCUUAUUUCUAAGCAAAAUGAAGAAAACGUGACCAUCAGUUGGGGUACAUUUAACAGAACGAUUUUAUUCGCAUAGUAUCUGAUGGAUCCAAUAAUUUACCAACAUAUUUACAAAUAGCUUAUAGCACGCCAGUUGGUUGAAGAUAGCAUGAAUUUGAUAAAUUGCAAUCAACAUAAUGAAUGUGUUGCAAGGUG